CGGUCAGCGCUGCUGUCGCUGUACUCAGGCGAGGAAAAGCAUGAAAAUGGCGCCUUCCGCGAAGAAACACGCUGAACAGUCGUGGGUGAUUCCAGGAGGAUUUACAGUCCUUCCACUCAAGUACAGCUCAGACAGCGUCAGCCAGCACAGUCUUUACGUUAAGGAGCACAGAGUACGGGCUGAGAAGACCACAAGCAGACCGCUGGACAGGACACUGUUUGUGCUCAACAUUCCACCUUACUGCUCUGAGGAAAUAAUUAAAGACCUAUUUUCAACAUUUGGCAAAGUCCAGUCAGUAGAACUGAGGGAAAAGCCUGGUACCACUGAAUCCUCAGAUCUGAAGCUAUCCAAAUAUUUCAGACCAGCAUUGACAAAGGGUUUCAGUGUGGGAUAUGUCGUGUUUACAAGCCCAUCUGGUGUGAAGGCAGCAAAAUCCCAUCCACGUGACAUCCCAUUAAUCGUCAGCACAGAAAACCAUCCAGUCAAAGUUGGCAUUCAGAAAUGGAUACAACAGUACAGGCAAUCAUUAAUCAAUCCAGAGAAACUUCAAGCAGCAGUCGACACCUUUAUGCAAGGGUAUGACCAGAAGAAGGAAGAGGAAUCUGAACGGCAGAAGGAGGCAGAAGAGGAUGAUGAGGGAUGGGUGAAGGUCACACGGGGUGUGCGGGGUAGCAAGGCACGACCUCACAGUGAGAUGGCCAACCAGAGGGCCCUGCAGAAGGAGGACAAGAAGCGGAAGAGGAAGGAACUUUUGAAUUUUUACACCUGGCAACACAGACAGACGCAAAGAGAACAUAUUGCAGAGCUGAGGAGGAAGUUUGAGGAAGACAAACAGAGGAUUGCAGUGCUCCGAGCACAGAGGAAAUUUAGGCCCUACUGAGCAAUGAAUAAAGUCUUUUAUUUCAUUCCCCAG